UUCCUCUUUAACCACUUCACCCCCUCCCUUGCCCUUCUCUCUCCACUGUGUUGUUUAUGAUACAUCACGAAGUUGUACAAAUUACAAAAAACAUGUAAAUACAAAGGUACAGUAUGAUAUUAUAAAUUAUAACAAGAAUUUGAGAGAUGGAGUAAGAGAAGAAAUUUAAAAAAUAACUUUCUGUUUCUGCUCAAUCUUCUACUACAUAAGUGGUAUUUUUCUUUCUCUUUCCUCUCUUGCUCUAUCUCUAUCUCUCUUUUCUCUCCCUUUUUAUAUCCUAUAGUUACAACUCAACAAUCAAGAAGAUCAGAUCCAAGAAGAGGAUUUUUUCUGUGUCUAUCAAAAAUAUCCACUGAUCAGUCACUACUCCAUCAAUCAAAUCAAGAAUCAAGAAUCCAACUAACAAUCAAAAAAAGAUCAUGUCCUCCUCAUCAGCUGCCUUUUCACCGGACCACCUCUCUCCCUCCGACCAGCUCUGUUACGUCCAUUGCAACUUUUGUGACACUGUCCUCGCGGUGAGUGUCCCUUGCUCUAGCUUGUUCAAGACUGUUACAGUUCGAUGCGGCCACUGCACCAACCUCUUGACUGUGAACAUGCGCAGCCUCCUUCUUCCUGCGGCUAACCAGCUCCAUCUCGGUCAUGCUUUCUUCAAUCAUCAGAAUAUUCUGGUAGAUGAGGAGAUCCGGAACGCGGCACCUCCGAAUAUGCUUAUCAAUCAGCCAAACCCAAAUGAGCCUGUUAUGCCAGUUAGAGGAGGAAUUCAUGAGGACCUCCCUAAGCCACCUGUCGUUAACAGACCUCCGGAGAAGAGACAGAGAGUCCCAUCUGCCUACAACCGCUUUAUCAAGGACGAGAUACAGCGCAUCAAAGCUGGGAAUCCUGAUAUAAGCCACAGAGAAGCAUUUAGUGCUGCUGCAAAGAAUUGGGCCCACUUCCCUCACAUUCACUUCGGACUUAUGCCUGAUCAGCCCGUGAAGAAAGCUAACGUGCGCCAACAGGAAGGAGAGGAUGUGCUCAUGAAAGAUGGUUUUUUUCCUCCUGCCAAUGUAGGUGUUAGUCCCUACUAAGAAGUGCAGCUGUUAGGGUUUCUUAUUCUUCAUUUUUACUUCUCUCUUAUCUUCUCCAUCUUCUUUCUUCAACUGUUAUUAGUGUACUUGCGCUAAGUUUUCUUUCUUUCUUUCUUUCGUUUUCCAAGGACUGUAUUAUUAAGACCACUAGUUGGUCUUAUCUUAGUAUUGGUUUGGGAGAGGAUUUUGAUGCCUAACUGCUAUUCUCCCUGAGAACCACGAGAAAGUCCAGGUCUCUAAUGUGGGCACUUCGGAAUUCUUAGAACAUUAAGCAUUAUAAGUGUUUAGUUACUAGCUAGUACUUAUAACGAAUCCUACUACCUAAUUUGUUUUUUA